GGGGUGGGGCGGGACAGACCUAAAGUUGAGUUCCAUGUCUUCGAGCGCACCGACUCAACAACCUUGACGCUCCGGAGCGGAAGAUUUUGUUUUUCCUCCAGUAAAAAGACGCUCUCUGCAGCAUUCUGCCUUCUACUGAAGUUUCUGCAACCGAUUCUGUAAUCUUUGGUUUUCUCUGAGAAGAAUCAUCGCUGAUGUAUCGAUGAAUCUCGCCGGGAAACUCGGCUGUGUGGUGCUGGUUCUGCUCGCAGCUCAAGGCUGCUGUUCAUCCAAAGGGGAAGACAGAUUGUUUCGGAGGUUGUUCCGAAAGUACAACCAGUUCAUCAGACCUGUGGAGAAUGUAUCAGAUCCAGUCAUGGUGGCGUUUCAAGUCUCCAUAUCCCAACUGGUCAAAGUGGAUGAGGUCAACCAGAUCAUGGAGACCAACCUGUGGUUGAGACAUAUCUGGAAUGACUACAAGCUGAAAUGGGCCCCUGUGGAUUAUGACGGGAUCGAGUUCAUUCGAGUUCCUUCGAACAAAAUUUGGAGACCAGAUAUUGUUCUGUACAACAAUGCUGUGGGGGAUUUCCUGGUGGAGGACAAGACCAAGGCCCUGCUGAAGUUUGAUGGCACCAUCACCUGGGUUCCUCCGGCCAUAUUCAAGUCCUCCUGCCCCAUGGACAUCACCUACUUCCCCUUCGACUACCAGAACUGCUCCAUGAAGUUUGGGUCAUGGACCUAUGACAAGGCAAACAUAGAUCUGGUUCUCAUUGGUUCUAAGGUGAACCUCAAAGACUUCUGGGAGAGCGGCGAGUGGGAGAUCAUCGACGCGCCGGGCUACAAGCACGACAUCAAGUACAACUGCUGCGUGGAGAUCUACCCAGACAUCACCUACUCCUUCUACAUCCGCCGGCUGCCCCUCUUCUACACCAUCAACCUCAUCAUUCCCUGCCUGCUUAUCUCCUUCCUCACCGUGCUGGUCUUCUACCUGCCGUCCGACUGCGGGGAGAAGGUCACGCUUUGCAUUUCCGUGCUGCUGUCACUCACCGUAUUCCUGCUGGUCAUCACUGAGACCAUUCCCUCCACCUCGCUGGUCAUCCCGCUCAUCGGCGAGUACCUCCUCUUCACCAUGAUCUUCGUCACGCUCAGCAUCGUCAUCACGGUCUUCGUGCUCAACGUGCACUACCGCACGCCCAUGACCCACACCAUGCCGGCCUGGGUGCGUUCCGUGUUCCUGGAUGUCCUGCCCCGGGUGAUGUUCAUGAGGCGGCCCCUCGACGUGGGCUGCAACCCCCCCCUCUGCGCCCUCACCGGGCUGGAGGCGGGGGGGGGACGACGAGGAAGAGGAGGAGGAGAAGGGGCAGUAGGUAGAGGAGGUGAAUGUGGAGGAGGACCCCCCAGGACCCUCCACGCCGCCCCCUCCCCCGUCAGCGCCCUGGCGGCACUGACGGGGAUCUCCCCUGAGAUCAAGCAGGCCAUCGAGAGCGUCAAGUACAUCGCCGAGAACAUGAGGACCAGGAACAAGGCCAAGCAGGUGGAGGACGACUGGAAGUACGUUGCCAUGGUGAUUGACAGGAUCUUCCUGUGGGUCUUUGUGACGGUGUGUGUCCUCGGGACCGUGGGACUCUUCCUGCAGCCACUCAUCAGCUUCUUUAAAUGAAGCCCCCUGAAGCUCUCUCUCUCUCUCUCUCUCUCUCUCUCUCUCUCUCUCUCUCUCUCUCUCUCUCUCUCUCUCUCUCGCUCUCUCUCUCUCUCUCUCUCUCUCUCUCUCUCUCUCUCUCUCUCUCUCUCUCUCUCUCUCUCUCUGUUGAUGUUUAAUAUAAUGAGGAUAACUCCUCCUGCUUUUUAUCACUGAACCACAGGAUAUUUUAUUUGUUUGUUUGUUUGUUGGUUGAUCUUUCUUAUCAUCUUCCUUACUUUAUUUCUCUUUCAUGUCUCUCUCCCUCUAGCCUUUGAUCACAGGGUUCACCAAAUAUUAUAAAAACAACAUAAAGUACCAGUCUUCCUUUUCAUUCUGUCUCUCUUUGCCUCUACUGUUUCUCUAUUUUCUCUUCUAUUCGACCAGCUCCAUAUGAGAGACCGAACACUCUUUACAACGGCUUGUUUUAACACAAAAAAAACACUCUCACUAAAUGUUUCUGACCUCUGAAAUGAAAUGAAAUGAAAUGGGUAUGUUGUUUGGGUUAUUUAAAAGCACAAAGCUUGGAGGAAGGCUGUGUGGUGUUAUUUACUGUAACGCAGCUCGCUAUACGUCCAGGUUCACCAGGGAAAUAAAACAGCGGGUUAGGAUAUUGACCCCAGUGUUUACCUUGCCAUGAUUUACAGCGAAUGAAACCACUCGUUUACUGCAACUUCCUCAACUGUCACGAGACAAUAUAUGUGAAACCUGUCUGAAACAAUAUGUGCCAUAUCUGGCGUCUCUCAUUGAAUAUUAAACAACAGUAAUGAUGUCACUCCAAAUGUUUGAAAUGA